GCUCCACCAUGCGUGUGAGCUGAACAUGUGCCAACAACUUCCUGAUCCUAUCAUUUUGACCGCGUGUGCACUUGUCAAAGAAGCUGAUGAUCUUUCGAUGGGAGACAGCGACGAACCGGAAACGGUUGACGCCGCCAUCAAAGCCACCAACACCAUGCGGAAUGGACUGGGAUUUGGAGGGCGCCCAGAUGCGGCUCCAGCAAGGUCUCAAGUUACUGUUCUCAUCAUGGACUACCGUCUCGCGUCUGCCAACAAAGCUACGCGCUCACAGAUUGACAUCGGCGAGAGCUUGCACAACAAAGGAUGGGCGGAGCUAGUGAAGUUCUGUCCAAACUACAAUGGUCAUCACGGAGGAGAGUAUGGUUGCUCACAUGUCGUUGACACACUGCAGAAUGCGGUCGAUUCCAUCAAGCGAGACCAGCAGAUCGAGGACUACAUCAACGGCCUUACUGACGGUCUCUUUGUGACGUAUGAAGCGGAAGAUGAUGAAGAUCUUUUCCCUGUAACUGCGUCUUCCGGGAGGCGACAGGAAGAAGUUGGAUCUGCUCCACCUAUGCCACCUCCGAAUGCUGAUGAUCAUCAACCUGAGGAAGAGACCGAGAUCGCCCGCGAUCCAAACUUUGAACUACAUGAUGCUGUGCAGGCGAAACUGCUAGCACGUCUUGAAGAACUUCGGUGCGGACAAGUUCAAGUCAACGCUCGCGUUCUUUCUAUUUGUGUCAACUGCGGAUCAGCAUUGCACACUCUUGAAGAAUGUGAUGUCCAGUUGGAACGACGAAAUAGCUUGAUUCUUGCUCUGAAUCAUAUGCGAGCAACGGUACGAAUAUAUCCUGUGCAAACUCGCUAUCAGAGACCGCCAACGACAGCUACUACGAUGGCGGCUGACAGGGAUGAUGCUAUGUCUACCACAGCAACAGCUGCGGGAGAGACCGAUGCAGAUGUUCAUAUGCCGCCAGCUGACGAUGGUGUUCCGGCCGAAGGUGUUGAAACUAUAAGUUCUUCAUCCGGUCAUCGACCGAAAGCGAAAGCACGACCUCGGAGAGCGCCUGUCGCAUCCGACACCAUACUGGUCAGGUAUGACAACCCCAAGCGCCUCGAUCGGGAAGUUCGGAAUCGUCGUGGCAAAGAUCUGGUCUGCGGAGUCGAGCUGACAGAGAUCGGACUCACCAGCAACAGAGAUGUAAGCCACAAGAUCGAGACUACAACAAGUCAUCGCGAUCGACGUCUUCCUCAACGAGGUGACCAACCGUUGUACAUAACGAACUCGCAAGGGGAGUACUCCAAUCCUGGGUAUGUGUGUAUGUCGGACAAUGUGCGUGGCGGCAUCUCGGAUUUGAUGCCGGAUGAUGGCGCGAGCGCGAACUUCGUACAUGCGAAAUGGAGAUCGCUCAAGCCGUGCAAGAUUCGUGACAUUCCCUACCGCACGGCAAACGCAUCGACAUGGGCCAUGUCGAGAAUUCAAUCUGAUCUUCGUCACCACAUUGGCAAGGCUCCGGGAGCUACCAGUCUGGAUGGGAUAAAUGGAAUGAAUGUGUUCCAUGAGUUCGCUACUUUGCGCAAUCCGCCAACGACCAAAGUGGAGUACAUCAACUUGGACAUGGUGGGCGUUCUAAUGACCCAGAACUUGUCCGACAACUCUGCAACAGUCAUUGGGUUCCUGAUCGAUCACAACAUUCAGGUCCCGGCCAAGAUGGUGGACAAAGUUGCGAUCAGCAAACAUGAACGGGAGAAGAAUCCAAAUUCCAGGAAGAAUGCGCUGAAGCACAUCACGCACGCCAACUUCAUGGAACAAGGACAACAAUCGGUCAUGGACAGACCAUUGACAGCGGAGGAAAGGGCACAAGCCGAACGUGCGACCCGCAAUCCUCAAGCUAAUCGACCUGAUCCUACUUGGCGUCGUUCCGGAAACGCUAACGAAUCCGCCGAUCAACUGACUGGCAAGGGUGAGCGUGGACGAGGACAUCCAUACAGCCAACAGGUUAAGGGAGCCCUGGGCGUCGCGGCCGUGGGUGCCGCCGUGGCCGCGGGCACCCGCCGCAAGCACCGGUCUGAGUUUGCAGGUGCAGCUACCGUGACCAAGCUCGCGAAGACGCGGUCUCUUACAGAUGCGAAGGUUGUCGUAUGCGCAGGCGCUAUGCUCCCAGAAGGGCGCAAGCUGCGCGUGGCCGUCAUCGGUGGUGGCCCGGCCGGCGCCAGCACAGCGGAUGCCUUGGCUCAGGAAGGCAUCGAGACUUACCUCAUCGAGAGGAAGCUGGACAACUGCAAGCCCUGCGGCGGGGCCAUCCCUCUGUGCAUGAUCGAGGAGUUCGAUCUGCCCAAGGACAUCGUGGACCGCCAGGUUCGCAAGAUGACCAUGAUCUCUCCCACGAACAAGGAGGUGCAGAUUGGCCAGACCCUGAAGGACGAUGAGUUCAUCGGCAUGGGACUUGGGCUGGAUCGUGGGGCGGCUGGUGUUGCACAGGUGCUUGACGACUUCCUCCGCCAGAGGGCCAAGAAGAACGGCGCCACGCUGAUCAACGGCCUCUUCAUGGGCAUGACGAUUCCUCAGAGCAAGCCAGGCUGCACAGCUUGCAGAUGGGCUUCGAGGGUUCUGGUGCUGCAGAAUCGGGUGCUCCGGCUUGCGAGGGUCAGCCGACGCCCUCAGGAAGAGUCUUAUGUGCUGACCUACAACGACUUCGGUGAAGCCGAGGGCAGUGCACGCAAAGGCGAGAAGAAGACCAUGUUCCUUGACUUCGAUCUGGAACGUUGGGUCGUGGUCGGAGCUGAUGGAGCCAACAGCCGGGUGGCCAAAGAUAUCGAAGGCACGCGAGAGAAGGACCUCCCCGAGGUGCGUGCGGGCCCAUCUUUGCAUGGGUGCGAAGUCUUCUCAGAGUGCUGCCGAGUUUCCUCCUUUCUGUUCUUCAUUGGCAGCUCAGUGUGCAAUUCGGUGUGCCAGUUCUUUUCUUGGCUGGCACGAGUUUUGAUGAUGAUGCUCUGGUGGCUGUCGGCUGUGGGAGCCAGUGGUCGCCUUAAGGGGCUUUUCUUCCAGACCCUAGUGAUGGAGGGUCACUUAUUCGGAUGCAGUUGUGGUCGGCGCUGUGUGCGCUCGGCUGCUCGGCAAGCGGCUGUGGGAGCUGGCUGCCGUUCUGCUGCUUUUGGUCCUGCCCGGCCUCUGUUCCGGCUUCGGCAGGUAUUCCGGCGCAAACGCAAGAAGCGUCACCGUCGGAGUCGUUUUUGUUCCAAGGCCGUUGCGACGGCGCAGUUCCGAGGCGGAGGUGCUCCUCGGGUGGCCGCUUGGUCAGCUCGUCUGGCUGGUGGCAUGCGAGUGCCUCGUCGUCCUCUUCGGUGGAAGUUGAGUUCCAGGCCCAAUGCACAGAUUUGGGUGCUGCGAGCUCGAAGGUUUGGGCGCCGCCAACGUUGCAAGCGUCUGCCCUUCGCUGUGGGUAUUGUGUGUGGGAGCGGCGCCCAUGCCGCCGUGAACAUUUUUGACCAAGGCGAUGAUGGUGUGCAUGGCCGGUGCAUUUUGCCCGGCUUUUGUGGUGCAGAGGAUGCCGGGGCCGGUGGUGGUUUGGCUUUUCGUGGUGAUCCGCUUCGAGGAGGUGCUGGCGGCUGGUCUCAGGAGGACGAUGUGGCUGCUGAGGAUCCUGAUGAUCCUUUCGAGGCCCUUUUCCAGCAGCUCGAGUCGCUCAUUUGGCAGCGCUCCUGCCCAGCCGCUGCCGCGACUCGUGCUCCUCGCUGGGGCAAGCCUCGUCAGCUGCGGUCCGAAUGGAGUGAUGAGUGGCAAGAGUGGCCGGCCUGGACCUCUGAUCCCCACGGGGGUUCUGCUGGCUGGAUGGAGCAGGCUGACACUGAUGAGGGCGAAGGUUGGCAGACAGUGGCCAAGCGCAAAAAGCCGAAGAAGCCCAGCUCGACUGCGACUGUCGGGCCGACGGCUCCUGCCUCCACUAGGGUCGUUUCUUUGGAUAAGGCCAAUGGCAAAGGUGGCGGCAAAGGCGGCAACAGCGGCAAAGGCAGUGGAGUGCAAGACGCUCGCAGGCAUGGAGCCGCUGCUGCUGGAGGGCCGAUGAAAGCUAGUGAUUGGUGCCCCCGCGCUUCUGACUGGACCGCGGACACCGAGAUUGUGACUAUUGCGGCCGAGGUUCUUCAGGAUCCCUCUCGAGAUCUUGUUAUUUAUGCCACUGAGGCCUCCGAGCUUGAGAGGCUGCGCACUGUGGUGCAGUCGGCCGAGGUUGGCCCCGACUUCACCUUUGUUGUGCUCAAGGGCCAGGGCGAGAACUUGGAGAGUGUGCGCAAGGACUUUUCGGAGCUUUCCUGGACCGAGGCUCGUGUCCCGGGCGUCUGGCGUGGGCAGGUGAGGAUUGUCAAUGCUUGGAUCGCUCACUGCACUGAGGAUUCUCCUAAGUUGCGCACUUUGGCUGCUGCUCCAAAGUUGCCGGCGCAGCAGGAGACUGUUGUCGUGAGAGUCCACUCUGACUGGGUGUACUGUGACAAGGGUGCGAAGGCCUGGGAGGAGCUUGCUGCUGCGCCUGGCAAGCAUUUCAGGACUUGGGCUUCCAGUGCCUUUGGAAGCAUCCGUGACACUUGGUCUUGGAACCUUGUGCGGGGCCCUGGCGGCUCGCAGGCCACUGUGGAGGGUCUGGUGAGGAUCACGGCUUCUAAAGCUGCCCAGGCUCUCGCCUCUUCCGGGGCCCGCUAUGGAGGGUUUCGCUGGUUCGUCUCCAACGUGAGCCGGGCCCAGGCUAUACCUGGCCUCCCUGAUGUGUCGGUCCACUGGCAAGAGUGGAGGGAUGAUGAGGAUUGGCCUCAGUAUGCUGCGCGCUGUUGCCGUGAGCUGCAAUCUGUUGACUUCGGCUUGGCUCGUGGCUCCCGCCAGCUUGGCAUCCGCAGGGUGGCCACUGCUGCUGAUGCGCUUCGAGUUCGGACUUUGAGGCGCACGUGGCGCGCCACGGCUGUGCCGAGAGAAUGGUCGGUCGAAGAUGUUUCUUCUUUUCUCGGCGACCUCUUUGAGAAUGUUGAGAUCGAGGAAAGAAUGCCGUGGCGUGGGCUCACUUCGUGGUCCUUUAGAGCCACGGCCCCCGCUGACGUUGACAUCAAGGUUGUUCCGCUCGAGUCCGGCAGCAUCGAGAUUGUCAGGGUGGGGCGCGGCCGUGCUCCGCGCCAGGAGCGCGCCAUGCCUCUGGAGUUCAAACAGGUUUUUCGCUCUUCGCGCAAGGGCAGCAAAGAGAGAAAGGAGCCGAGCAAGAGUGUCGAGCCCGUCGCCGAGGAGGUCGAGAGUUCUGCUGAGUCCUCCCACGAGAGCGCCGAAGGCGAGAUGCCGGUUGAUGGUGGCGGCGAUCGGCCCCGCCUAGACGAUGGAAAGUCCAUGCCAUCUCAAGAUGACGUUGCCGUUGCCAAGCGUGCCAAGGUCACCGAGGCCAAGACGGUCGACCCGACCAUUCCGGGUGGGAUGAAGCUCGUGGACAACGCUGGACAGGGGGACUGCCUUUUCUUGGCGGUCUCCGAAACUCUUGCGGCUCUCGGCCGCUCGCGCCGAUCGGCGGGCGAACUUCGCAACCUCGCGGUGACUCACCUCAGGAAACACGAGGCUACUUACGCUGCCUUCUGGCGCGGCGACGCGCCUACUGCGGACCAGGAGGACAUCUCUUCGAUGGGCUUCGGCGAAUACUUGCGCCGAAUUGGCCGGGACCAAUCCUGGGGGGGGUCACUGGAGCUGGCCGCGCUUGCGGCAACCCUGAACCAGCAGAUCUUCGUGAUUCGACCUCUUCAAGGAGACUUUGAUGUUCGGGUUUUCGGCCCUGCUUCCAAGGCCACGCUCUGGCUCUUUGGUUCAAGGAUCGCCAUUACCAAGCACUGGUUGGAUGCACCAGCGAGCUUGCUGCUCAGGCGGUCAAGGCUGAGAUCGGGGAUCCCAAAGAUCGUGGCGGAGCUCCUUCAGUUGGCCCUCCUGCUGAUGUUCCGCGAGCGGCCCAUAGUGCCAAGCCCUCUUCUUUGGGAGGACACACGGCCGGCGUGCCCGGCGCUGCCUCUGUUGCUUCUUCCAAGCGGCGUCGAUGUGAUGAUGUUGGCGCCGGACUUGCCGCUGAUUCUGCUCAAGGUGAAUCGCUGCGGAGGGACUGUAGUUAGCUCUGCUCGGCGACGACAUUUGCUCCAGUGGCACGACGGUGCUGGCCUGCCUGGGCCUGUUCGGGUGCCCAUAUCGAGCUUCCGCACACUGAGUUUUCAGGAGGUGCGGGAGGACUCUAACGAUUGGAAAUGCCCUGCUUGUCGUUAUGGUUUGCCAGCGCACACGAAGCAGUCCAUGAGCAAGCAUGUUUUUGAGCGUGACAAGGCGGCUCACCGAAAGGCUCGUCACCCUGAGUAUGACAAUAAGCAAUGGCAGGCCGCUGCGGCCCGACAGUCCAUGAAGCGCAAGCACUCCAGGAGGGCCCGUGUUGUGGGCUCGGUCAACAAACGUGCUGCCAAGAUGCUGCUGGGCUCCCUGGAGGGCGAGUUCGAGGGCUUCACGUCGCUGUUGUGGCCGAUUGUGCAGGUUGGGCGACAUCGGCCCAAAAAGGACUCGCACAAGGCCCGAUGCAAGCGCUACUACCGGGCUGUACGGCCGCCGACCCGCUUCGUUGUCAUCAUGACGGCGGUCAUUCCUUCGGAGGGCCGAGUGACGCGUGUUGGCACCAUGAACGUGGGCAAGAGCUUGGCGAGCAAAGUGCUGGCUGUGGUUGCUGUCAUGCAGUCCCAGGGCCUUGACAUUUGCUGUCUUCAGGAGAUUGACGUCAACGUGCCGUCGUGGCCUCGUGUGGUUGCUGGCUUCAGGGCUCGGGGCUUUGACAUCUUUGCUGCUGCUGCUGAUGAUAACUCUGUUCGACGGUGUGCCAUCGUGAGCAAGCUCCCUGGCAAGCUGCUGCAGCUGGAAGGCGUUGAGGAGGCUGCGAGGGCGGUGGCCAUGGUCUUUGAGGUUCAGCGCGAGGGCUCCUACCGCAAGGUGAUCGUCGGGUGCACCUACGGCCACGCGAGUAGCCUCGAGGCCGCCUCUCGUCACAGUGGGCAGGUGAUUGAUGCUCUUUGCCGCCGCCGUGUCGACUGGAUGCUGCUUGGCGACUACAACGUUGCCCUGGACAAGGCCCCGGCUGCUUGGGAGCUGGCUGCACGUGCUGAUGUUCGUAGCCUUGACGAAGCUUUUCUUGAGCAUGGUCCGCUUCCGGCUACGUCUCCGAACCGGCUCAGGCGGAUCGACUUCGGCCUUGCCUCGCGACAGUUGUCUGCGGAGGCUCUCCACACAUUCGAGACCAUUGCUGAUCACCGAGGCACGGCCUAUGACAUGAGGUUCGAUGGCCCGCGUGGCUUCUCUGGGCCGCCGCGAGAGGUGUGGCGGACUCGGUCCGCUUCUUUCCAGGAGGCUCUUACCAGGGACGUCGAGGAGGCUUGGACCAUCCUCUCCAGUGCUGCUGAACAGGCGAUGGCUGGCCCGACUCAGCGCUCCAGCGGUUGCGCUCGGCACUCCAUUUGGCGGCCUCACCGUGAACGGGACGUUCAUAAAGUUGCUGCUGGGGCGGAGUCCAUUCUGUUGACGCGGAUGCGGCGGCUUCAACGACGGCUUGCUCACCUUCGGCGUGUCCAGCACGACGUCCAGCUGCGGAGCAACAUCGAUGCGGACCUUCGGCACCUUGGCUACACCUUCCCCGAGCUCUUGGAGUUUCGACAUGGUGGUGAGCUUGGCGCUCUACGGCUGGUGGACUCCUUGGUGGACGCUCUCGAGAAGGAGGCAAUGGAGGCUGCGGUGGCUUCGUGGAGGCAGGGCAUCGACUUCAACUUCAAGGCGCAGUGUGCUUGGGUUAAGCGUCGCUCUGGCCUCGAAAAGGAGCUGGAGACGGCCGGCGAGGUGGACCCAAAAGGGCGUAACCAAGCUGCUGUAGCGAACGCUCUGAGCUCCCUUCCGGAGCUGCCUCGUGCGAGCCUGGAGCUUUCUUUCACCGGUGCUGAGCUGCUAGCCAUUGGCAAGACAAUGUGUGGGAAAGCUGGCGGGCCUGACGGCUGGACGGCCGACUUGUGGUGCCACCUGCCGCUUGGUUUCUGGAACAGCCUGGCGUGUCUUUGGCAGGCGGUGCUUCGGCUGAAGGAGUUGCCACGCAUUUGGCGUUACUCGCGUGUCGCCCUCAUCCCGAAGGGCAACGGGGACAGCAGGCCGCUGUGUUUGCUGUGCAUCGCCUACCGCAUCGGUGCGCGAGCGGUGCUUUCGCAAGUAUCUUCGUGGGCGGAGAGCUGGCUUGGGCAUCAGACGAGUGGCGGUGUACCGCACAGGUCGCUCAAGGAUGUGGUGAGUCAGGUGCUUGUCUCCAGCCUCGAUGGAGGCGUCACUGUUGCUGAGGAUCUGUCUAAGUUUUUCGAUGGCAUCGACCACCAGGAUUUGGACAUGGCACUGGAGCGACUUGGCGCGCCGCACCAGUUCCGGGAGUUAGCGAGCCUCUUCUACGACGAGCACUUCAAGCUCUUCUCGGCGGGAGGCCUGCUGGGUGGCUGCUGGCACAGGACGGCUCGGGGCCUAUGCCAGGGUUGCCCGCUUAGCCCGCUCCUUGCUUCGACUGUCAUGUUGGCAUGGGCUUUGAGACUGGAGCGGCUGCCUGGAGUUCGAGCGGCCUCCUUUGUCGAUGAUCGCUACUUGCUCUUGAAGCCGCAGGCGGAUGCCGGCCUGGCUUGUCGGUCCAGUCGCGACUUUGACAGGGCCAUGGGGUUUUCUUGCGACAGUGCCAAGUGCAAGGUUGCUGCUCCUUCCUCUUGCGCUUGGGCCUCAGGUGUGGUGAGAGCUUUUGGCUACGAGUCCACCUCUGUCCUCAAGGUGCUGGGCUUGCUGCUUGACUUUGACGCUGGAGGUCGCACUUCGUUGGCCGGCUUCUCUGUGAACAAGGCGAGACAGCGGCUUCGACUCGCCUCGGUCGUGGCCAAGACGGUCGAGUGCAGGCGACGGCUUUUUCGGUCGCUGGCGGUUCCUUUGUGGACGUGGGCUGGCGCCUUUGGAGGCCUCGCCGCGGCUGAGGCCAACGAGCUGCGGGCGGAUGUGCUCUGCCGUGUGGGGUCGAUGAGCGUCCGGGACAGGGCGCGCCCUUUGGCGCUGGAGAUUCUCGGCUACCAUUGUGACCCUGUGUUCUCUCGGAGGUGGGCCACGCUACGUGAAGUGACGAGGGUGGCUUCCUCCACGGCUGCUUGGCAGGAGACUGCCCCUCUUGCUGUUGCUCUUCGGGCUUGGCCGGCGUACCUUCACUUCGCCAGCGACAUCCUCUCGGAGCUCGGGUGGCAGGUCGAGGAGCACGGCCGGGUCAUCACCAGAGUUGAUGCUCUAGGCCGCAUUCGUCGGUUUCGCUGUGGCCAGGACCGCCUUGAGGUCUUGCGAGAAUGGGUGAUGGACUGGCACCGCCGUGAAGCCCUUGUUCAGUGUCAGCGGGUCCACAGGGACUACCAUCGCACGGAGCCGGCUCUGGCUCGUGGUGGAUGGCUGCCGCCGGUUGCCAAUGGCACGUUGUGCACCUUCCGUGGACAUUGCAAACACUUUGCUGUGUGUGGCGCUUUUGGCCGACAGCUUUGCCUCGGCUACGGUUGCAGUGGCUGGGACAAGGCCAAGCGCAAUGGCCUCGAUGCCACUCCUCAGUGCCGCUGCGGUUUGGCUGAGCCUAGCAGACCCCACUUGCUCUGGAGGUGCCCGGAGUUCACGGCGCUUUCGGCAGUCCACGGCCCGCCGGACACGCGCUUGGCUGAGAGACUGCUCGCUGUCGAGGUGCCCGAGAUCCCGCCUGCUCCUCCUGUCGUCGACCCUGACGAGCUGCUGGAGGACAUCGCUGCUGACAUUCGACUUCGGUGGCCACCGGAGGGCGUGCUUCUGCUUGGCACCGACGGCUCCGCCUUUGACCUGGUCGCUGCUGCUGCUGUCGCUGUUGAGGGGGGAGGGGUCUUCGCUUCUGGGCUCCAAGGAGAAGACCAAACCCCUUACAAGGCCGAACUCGAGGGUUUGAGGCUGUGUCUUCAAGGUCUUUUGCAAGCUGGAGUGCAGGGGCGAGCCGUUAUUGCGAUUGACUGCAAGGCGGCGAUCGAUGCUUGGAAAGGCUGUGGGUGUCUCUCGUACUACGUGGCCCUUUUUCGGUCACUGGGAGCCCAGUUGCGGGCGCGUGGCCUCGAGGUGGACACCGUCUGCAUCCCGAGCCAUGGCAAGCCGAUCCCGGAUGGUUGGAGCGGCAGUGCUCUCUUUUCGCUGAGGCGGCUUCGUGCCAUCAACGAGCGCGCUGACGGCGCGGCUGGGCCUUUGGCCAGGCGGCGUGCCACUGGCUCCCUUCGGCAGCGUUGCCUUCGGGCGCGUGAGGCGGCGGCCGCGUGGGAGAUGAGAACCCGCGCCCUCGCAGAGCGUGUGGCUGAGGAGUGGGAGCGCAUGCGCAUCCCAGAUGGCAAGAUGGACUACUACAAGGACCGCGCUGAGAUGUACGUUGGCGAUGACGUCUCGCCGGACUUCUAUGCCUGGGUCUUCCCCAAGUGCGACCACGUUGCUGUGGGCACUGGAACCGUGGUGGACAAGAAGGGCAUCCAGCAGUACCAGCAGGGCAUCCGUGACCGGGCAGCUGUGCGCAUCGAGGGUGGUGAGAUCAUUCGCGUCGAAGCCCACCCGAUCCCUGAGCACCCGUGCCCAUGGCGUGUGAAGGACAGGGCAAUCCUCGUCGGCGACGCGGCCGGCUACGUGACCAAGUGCUCCGGCGAGGGCAUUUACUUCGCUGCCAAGAGCGGCCGCAUGUGCGCAGAGACCAUUGCCAAGAGCUCGAAGCAGGGUGUGCGCAUGAUCGAUGAGGCUGACCUUAUGGAGCACAUUCGCGUGUGGGAUUCGAAGUAUGGCCCCACCUAUCUGGUUUUGGACUUGCUGCAGAAGGUGUUCUACACCAGCGAUGCCGCUCGUGAGAGCGCUCGCUGUGCGUUUGUAUUUUAG